AUGGUGCUGCAUUUCUUGACGGGCUGGCUCUUGCUGGGACUAUCAACAGGUGAUCCGAUCGAGUUCGACCCCUUCUUUGCCGCAUCUGACACCAGUUACUUCUCUCCCCAAGAAGGACCCUUCGGAGCGUUCUCCGGAUUUUCUUUCGGAUCUAGCGGUGCGAGAUUUGAUUCCGAUUUUCAAGAGUCUCCCAGCUUGCCGGUCUACAGGGACGGCGUGGCGACGCCCCCUCAGGUAACUCUUUCUCGCCUGGAGAAAGACUACAAAGCCCAAUUGCAUCGCGUGGCCCAAGCGCAGGUUCAGCAGCAGCAGCAGAGAAGACUCCAGCAGUCCUCGAGACAGGGCAGGAAACAGUACCCAGUGUUCCAGUCGGAUCCUUACCCAUCAGCAUCGAACAUUGACGAGAGGAAACCAGCAAGGUCCAAGGAAGCAGAGAAGCCCCAAACGACCCUCGGUCCAAACUCCAAACCAGUGGAAGUACACACUGGAUUUACACCUAUAAUCAAAAGCGCUGCUGGGCAGGAGAGAAGGUUGAAUUCUCAAAGCCUUUCAAGUGCUGUCAUCAAAGACAUGGAACCGCCCAUACUAACUGCUGCUAGCGUACUGUCUUCACGUCCCACACUUUUUAAAGUGUCUGCCAGUGUUCUGUCUUCUGCAAAAGCUCCGGCUCUGCGCUCUUUGAAUGAAUCUGCGAAUGUGGAUUUAGCCAAGUCCAGGAAAAUAAGCUAUUCCCGUUUCUUAGAUGAUAAGAGCGACAACAAAUCUCUAGUAUUUUCUGGUGAAAGCGUUGCGGCCAGAGUGGCCUCUGGAUCACAAGUACGCCAACAAGUAAUUUCGCCAAUUGGCGAUGAAGCCAAGUUGGUUGCCAAGAAGACUUUAGACAUCAACUGUGACGGAAGCAGAGACUUGGGAUGGUGCGAAUUAGGAGACAAAUACCCAAAAAAAUACGUUGAUCAAGUCCUAUCUUCUUGUCAGGAUGUGAUUCAAAGGAUGCACGUAGAAGUUCCGCAUAGCUUCGAAAAACUUUCGGACAACUCGAAUUUUAAGGCGGAGCUUGAUAACAGCCAGAGAUCAGCGAGGGAGCGCGGGAACCACGACGCUUGGUCUUGGGCAGCUUAUUUCCACCAAGGAUCAUUGUGUGACGCAGAGACGGGCUUUUUGAGGCCAGAAACCGCCAAGGAUUCUUCUGGGAAAUGGAACAUCAUCGUGCAGACUGAUGCCAUCAAGCAAAGAGUUCCCAUCGAAAUGUGCAGGAAAGCAAAUGGGCCAUGCAAGAAGACGACAAAUUGCGGAUUGAAAAGUCAAUGUUUGCAGAAGUACAACUACCAUUUAUUGAUGAGCUUGAAUCCUACCCAAAAGCAUGACUGCCCCUUCAUGAAACUCUACAGAUUCCCUUCUGCCUGUGUCUGCCACGUAGAGUGA